ACCUAUCCUACUACUUUGUAUCUGUUAGGUUAAGUUAUAUUUUAUUAAAUUUUUCAAGCAGAAGUGACCUAAAAAUUUAUCAUUUGGUAUACAUUUCCCGCAAAGAAAAUGACAACUUUAAGGCCGUUCACUUGCAACGAUCUGUUAAAAUACAAUAAAGUGAACAUGGAUCCGUUAACUGAAACUUAUGGAAUAUCCUUCUACAUGCAAUAUCUUGCUCACUGGCCCGAAUACUUCCAAGUUGUUGAGGCACCCAAUGGAGAAAUUAUGGGAUACAUUAUGGGCAAGAGUGAGGGCCAUGGUGAGAACUGGCACGGCCAUGUUACAGCCCUCACCGUAUCUAACAUGUACCGGAGGCUCGGCGUGGCGGCAACACUCAUGAACUCUCUGGAGAAAAUAUCUGAAACAAAGCGUUGCUACUUUGUGGAUCUGUUUGUCAGGGUCAGUAACAUAGUGGCUAUCACCAUGUAUCAGGCCCUCGGCUAUAUUGUGUAUCGAACUGUGUUGGAAUACUACUCAGGAGAUCCUGAUGAGGACGCCUACGAUAUGAGGAAGGCCUUAAGCAGAGACAAGGAGAAGAAGUCCAUAAUUCCUCUAGACCACCCUGUCAGACCUGAGGAAGUUGACUGAUAUAUAUAAAAAGGGCGUUAUCAGUUAUUUGAAUUGAUUGUGUUAUUUUAACUUAUUUGAACUUUUUUAAUUGUGUCUAAGUUAAUUUGUUUAUUUUCUAAAAGGAAAUGAAUAUAAUUCAAUUUUGUUGUUUUUUUUUACUUAGGUUUUAAUUGGUCAAAGAAUGAAUUUAAUUUGUUUCAUGAAAAAUUAGAACAGAAUAUAAUUUUUUCCUAUCUUUAUAUAGUUUUAUGAUCUUAAAGAUAAUUAAUAUGGAAAGUGUUUGGAAUGUUUGAAUUUUAUUGACUGUUUACUAUCACUAUGUAAUCUAUCCAUGCAAUUAAAUAGAUUUAAAUAAAUGGCAUCAGCAAUCUGACACAUACUUUCUCCCAUUAGCUUGUCAACAACCUUUUUCAUGGGUUUUAAGCUGUGGGAGUAACUAUGAUAUUUUAAAUAGGAAAAAUCACAACAGUUGGAAUAACUUUUGAACCGUAAUUUUUACAGCUAUGGUAGUUCAGAAUUUAAAGGGCUAUAACAUACAAAAAUUUUAUAAAAUUCGUUCAGGCUAUUUUUGAGAAAAUUCAAAUGUUCUGUUAUUUUAUGGGAAAAUCGUUAAAAGUCCAAAUACAAAAUUUAAAAACCCUGGAGAUACCAUGGAUUAGUCCCUAACAUACCAAAUUUCAUCAAUAUCUGACCACAUGCUUGGUCUGUAGCUCUAUACACCUCCACACACACCGACAUCACUUCGAAAACCCCUUUUUUGAGUCCAGGGGGAUUUUAAUUUUAUUUUUGAUGAAAAAAAAUGGUAUAAGGGGAGAAGUAAAAAUGCUUCCUUAUAUCUACAGCUGACAUUUGGUGUUAAUGUAAUGAUUUUAUGCUAACAUAACUUGGACGGGUAGCGUCGUUCUGUAAUCCAGCUACUAGGUCACGAAUUGUGGAUAUUUAUAGGCAUGCACUGUGGAUGUGAUGCUCCCUGGUGUGGAUUAACGUCUGCACUAGUGACUUUCCGCAGUACUAUCCUGAUAAUUAAACCAAUUCGUCGAUUACAAGGUAAAAAUGUGGUUCAUAUUCCACUAUAAACUGUAGGUCCCUUAGUUGCCAUUGGGCUAUUAAUUAACAGCUGUGUCUAAGUAAAAUGUCGGCCUUAGUCACUAUAGUUCGGCCGCUUAGAAAGCGACCUCCUCCAGCAUUGGUUUAGCAUUAGCGCGCAGGUCGUUUUCUAAGCGGCCGAACUAUAACAAGAUUAGGCCACUCAUCCCACACACUCAUAUUUGGGUUAAAAUAUGCACAUAGUGGCGUCCCCAUCUUAAACAAUUGAUAAUUGAUUAAUUUUAUAUGUAUCAUUUUCUUAUUGCAUUUGAUAAUUUUCUUUUUUUAAUCACCUCAACAGUCAUAGAUUGUAUAAAGCCUUGUUGAUAUUAAGUCUGUUGAAUGUAUCAAAAUAACUUGGACUUUAGUAAGAUUAUAUUAUAAUUUGUACCAUUGUACUACUGACUAAAUAAAUCAAAAUUAAUCUUGUGUA